AUGCCGCUCGACACAUCGACCUACUCCCUCGCCCUCCUGCGCCUCGAUGGCAGACGGUGGAACGAACUGCGGCGCACACACGCCCAAAUAUCGACCCAAGCAGCCGCAGACGGCUCCUCGUACCUCGAAAUGGGCAACACGAAGAUCCUAUGCAGCGUAACCGGACCGCACGAAGGGCGUUCAUCAGGCCAACGCGGGGGCAGCAACGGGCGCGCGAAAAUGGAAGUCGAAAUUGCCCGCGCAGCAUUCAGCGGCACCGACCGGCGGAAAACUGGGCGUGGCGAAAAGCGCACAAGCGAGAUGGAGCACUGUCUGCGCGAGGCCUUUGGCGGCGUCGUGCAGGCGCAUUUGUACCCGCACAGCACGAUUACUGUUUCCCUGCACAUUCUGAGCCAGGAUGGGAGUCUGCUGGCUGCGUGCAUCAAUGCGGCGACGCUGGCGCUCAUUGAUGCUGGGAUUCCCAUGACGGACUAUUUAGUCGCGUGCACAGCGGCGAGCAGCGCGAGUGCGACGGCCGCGGAUAAUGCGAGCGUGGAUGAUCCGCUGCUCGAUCUGAAUGGACUUGAGGAGCAGGAGUUGCCGUUUUUGACUGUGGGGUGUCUGGGCGAAAGCGAUAAGGUGGCGGUCUGUGUGUUGGAGACGAGGGUGCGGAUGGAGAGGGUCGAGGGUAUGUUGGCGGUCGGGAUCGAGGGAUGCAAGAGGAUGAGGGGGAUACUCGAUGGAGUCGUCAAGGGAUAUGGCAAGAGGUUCGGGUGA